GUCUUAUACCCAUAAUUCUAUGUACUCUAUGUCGCUAUAACGUAGAAAUGUCAUACUAUUACUAGUAAUAAACGUUAUCGAGAUAAAACAUGAUUAAGUUAAAGAUACAUGCGUUGCUUUUAUAUUGCCUAUGUGACCUGAACCUUUCUUGGCAGUUACUCCGAUAAGUAAUUAAAUAUUUCGUUCUUGCUAGAGUACGCCAUAGCCCAUGAAAAACCUGAAUAUAUGACGUCGUACUCGCCAGAUCUACUCCGACUUCGUUUUAAAGGUUAACGGUUGAAAAGGUGUAGUUGGUGAAGUCUAAUCGAAAUUGAUUUAAGGUUCUGUUGAAAGUAAAAACAGAAUUAAACAUAAAAUUUCGGGUUGUUAAUAAAAGCGAAAGAAAAGGUUGCUGCUUUUGUAGGCUAGAUAAGUUAUUAUUAUUCCGAAAACAAAUGUUUUCAGCUAGGCAUUUAUCCACGGGCUGUUCGGUUGUACGACAUGGACGAUGUUUGUUGAAGAACCGGAACACCGUAGUACCAGCUAGGUGUAUUGCAUCUUGUGUAGAUCCAUCCAUGGGUUUGAAUGAUGAGCAAAUACAGAUGCAAAGAAUUGCAACAGAAUUUGCUCAAAAAGAAUUUCUUCCUUACAUGGCAGAAUGGGAUGAAAAGGAAUAUUUUGCUAAAGAAACUAUGCAAAAAGCAGCUCAACUGGGAUUUGGGGCUAUAUAUGUUUCAGAAAAAUAUGGUGGUACAGGACUUACAAGACUUGACUCUUCUAUCAUUUUUGAAGCUCUUUCUCGUGGUUGUGUUAGCACUACGGCUUACAUGAGCAUUCACAAUAUGUGUGCAUGGAUGAUAGAACAGUUUGGUUCUGAAGAACAGAAACAGCACUGGAUUCCUUCUUUAGCUUCCAUGGAAAAGUUUGCAUCUUAUUGUUUGACUGAGCCUGGUAGUGGUAGUGAUGCAGCUUCUCUAGCAACAACUGCAAGAUGUGAUGGUGACUUCUACAUUUUGAAUGGAAGCAAAGCUUUCAUUAGUGGAGGGGGAGAUACUGACUUGUAUGUCAUCAUGGUAAGGACAGGAAGCCCUGGUCCUAAAGGAAUCAGUUGUAUUCUGGUUGAAAAAGACACCCCAGGUUUAAGUUUUGGCAAAAAAGAAAAGAAGGUGGGUUGGAAUUCUCAGCCAACUCGUGCCGUGAUUCUAGAAGACUGUAAAGUACCUGUGAGUAAUAGACUUGGAGAAGAAGGACAGGGAUUUAACAUUGCAAUGCAGGGAUUGAAUGGUGGAAGAAUAAAUAUUGCUUCCUGUUCACUGGGUGCAGCACAAGCAAGUCUGGAGUUAGCUGCUAACCACCUGAAAGUUCGUAAACAGUUCAAUAAGCCUCUAGCAGAAUUUCAGCACAACCAGUUCAAACUAGCUCAGAUGGCUACUAAUCUGGUGGCAUCAAGACUUCUGGUGAGAAAAGCAGCCUCAUCCCUUCAGCAAAAUCUUCCAGAUGCUGUAUCUCUGUGUUCAAUGGCUAAACUGUUUGCUACGGAUCAAUGUUUUGAUAUUGUUAACCAAGCACUACAGAUGCAUGGUGGGUAUGGUUACUUGAAGGACUAUGCUGUCCAACAAUACUUGAGAGAUAUUCGUGUUCAUCAAAUUCUAGAAGGAACCAAUGAAAUUAUGCAACUUAUAGUGUCUCGAGACAUCUUGCAGAACUGAGAAUAACUAGAAGCUGAUGAUACGUGAAUCUAAGAAAGCUAGUGCAUGAACAAAGUUCAGUAGCAUAACCUUGGACUUCUUCUUGUGUAUUUAUAAAGAUUGGAGCUAUGUAGUGGUUCAUUUGUUUUCUUCUGAAAAUAAAAAAUUAAAUAGAAAAUAUUUUUGAUGAACUUUGACAAGCAUAUAGUCAGUUGUAAAACUGUCACUUUACAUUCAUCCACACAAGAUGAGAAAUUAUUGAAACCGUAUAAAAAAUUGCUGAUUAAAACAAUAACAAAAAAUAUAGUUUUUUAUUAAUUAUUCGUAGGCUGCCAAUGGAGUCCACAGUCUUGUAUUCUGGAUUACAUCAGUAUUUUAUACAGGAAUAUGUGUUUUAUUUGUAACAUUAACUUUUUCAUUUGUAGUAAAUUUUACAUCGGAACCUGUCAGUUUUUUUAGGAUUAUUAUUAGUGUUAAACAUUUUGUACAUGUUUGUAAGUAAAAGUUUAUUGAAACUUGAAAAUUUGGAAUAUUUUGGUUUUGGUUUGAAGAACCAUUAUCAUUAUUUAAAAGUACAGUUUAUGUGUAAAAAUAUAUACUUUUAGGAGUAUGUAUAGUAAGUUGAAAAUUGUUAUUUCUUCGUGUACCAAACAUUUUAUUGAAUUAUGUCUACGAAACACUGGAAAAAGUAGUGUACCUUCUUAGUAUGUUCACUGUAAAAAUCAAAUUUAAAUUAAAGUGAUUAAUUGUAUAUUGAGAAUUGAAACAAUUAAUUUAAGCUAUCUGUACAACACAUAGUUUAAACAUAUAUUACUGUAUAUACUUAAUCACUUGUCAGUAAUGCUUGUUGCAUCAUAUGUUAAAAUAUUUCAAUUAUCUUUUAUUUUAGAUAAAAAUAAUAAUCUAAAUUUAUUUUGUCACAAAUAUUUAAUAAUGUUUAGGAAAUUUUGCAACUACACUUUGUGUGGGAACAUUAUAUGUAUUAUUUAAUCAGUAGAUAUAUAUUUGGCUAACAUAAUUUUUGAAUAUUACAGUAUAAAUGUUUUAGGUGCAUUACAAUAUUUCAAAUCAAAACUUUUAAACUGAAAUAAUUGAAGACAACAUUCAACACAAUUUUCACAGUGUUCACUUUACAUCAGAUUGUAUGUAAUCACUAGUAAAAUGAUACUUUCAAGUAUUUAGUUUUUGUUGACAAGUUUUUGGAUGAUUAAUAAAUCUGUUUAAAUUAAUAAUUGGGCCUAAAAAAAAGUCAAAAUAAACUACAUUAUUUUAAAGUUAUAAACCAAACCUCAUACAAGUUUACUUAUAGUUAAUAUGCCAAGAAUAUAUGUGAAUAUUUUGAAAACAAAAUUGUUUAAAGCAGUUUGUUUUAUCAAAAAAAAUUUGUAAUAAACUCAUUGUUUGAAUAAACACGAUGGGCUUUACUCUAAAGACUUCCAGUAAUGAGUUUUGUAAUAACUUCUGUAAAAACAAUUUGCACAGAUAACUUUAAAUAAGUUUCGAAACUGAAUAAUAUGCAUGUAAUCCUUCAAGGUAAUUAAGACAUUAGCAAUGCUUUUUUUUUUGCACAUGCAAUUCUUUGGAGUACAUUUGUGUAUGAGCUUUUGGAAGUUUCACAGUAAUGCUGUUAUUUUGUCAUUCAAUGUAUAAGAUAUACAAGAUCUUAAUUUACAUUGUGUGUAUGAUCAUUUAGAUCUGAAUAAGUAUUCUUAGAGUACAAAUCUGAGUAAAAACGUAAGAUUUACAAAGAACUGAUACAGGUUUGUUUGCUCAAAAGUGCAAAAAACGUUUCAUUAAGCAGCAGUUUUUAAGUCUAU